CACGGCGAACUCCCGGUCUCGUGUUUCCCGCUCGGCGUUUGAACGCAUUUUUUGAGUCGCUCCUCUUCGUCAGCAUCAUCAUAAACCUCCUCGUCUAAACCUCUUCUCGUCCCCUUGCUCGCCCAGGGCACCCCGCCGAAAGAUGUCGCUGCUCUCCUCACAGGGGUUGCGGGACCUGUUCUCGCGGCUCGCUGAGGUCGCCGCCUCCGUCUCUCCCGAGCCGGAGAAGGCCGCCGCCUCCUCCGCGGGAGCCGCCGGGACCCCCCCAGGGAGACCCCAAGGGGGGACGGCGGCGGCGGCGGCGGCGAGCCGGGAGUUGCUGUUCUCCUUGGGGGACCACGUGUACGCGUGGGACGAGCGCGCAGCCGCGCUGCUCCGCGCCGAGAGCGGACGGCGCCGCGGGGACGAGGGUGGACUUGAGACGCUGCUGUGCUUGGACCCGCCGUCGUUCCGCGUGCAGCGAGUGCUGCCCUCGCCUUCUGCCACGUCGCUUGUCGCCCUGGCGGGUUCGCGUGGCCUCGUCGUCAUGCACCUGCCUCCGUACCCUCAAGCCGGAACGAAAGACUCGUGCACAAACUGCAGGGUUACGAUAGUGGCGGAGCGCCUGUUCACCAGCCGCCCGUCGCUGCGCCUGCUCGAUUUAAGCUGGUUCCCUGAGGAGGGUGGGACUGAGCCACACGUGGUGCUGCUCACUUCAGACAACAUGAUGCGGAUAUAUGCCGUUGCUGACCCCCAUACCGCAGUGAAGGUGUUUUCGCUCACACCGGACCUCGAGGACUCCCCGAGCUUGCCACAAUCACGGUCUUCCUUUGCGUGCGCUCUGGGCGAGCGAGCCGUGGCGUUUGACUUUGGCCUAGCCCGACCCAAGCAAAACGAAGUGCCUCUUGUGCCUGGCGUGCCCACCAUGAGCAGCGCGCGCACAUCCAGAAUCGCUCCUCCGGAAGAGACCGUGUUUCCCAUUUACGUCUUGUACGAAACCGGAGAGACGUACGUCGUUCACACGUGCUUGAGUGGCAAGUCCCGGACAGGCGAUCGAGUUUUGGGGCCCCUGCCGAUGCACCCCGCGGCAGAAGACAACUACGGAUACGGAGCGUGCUCCCUCUUGUGUUUACGCAACUCCCCUUCCGUGCUCGUCAUCGCCACCGAGACGGGGACCGUGUACCACUGCCUGCUGCUCGAAGAGGCUCAGACGGAGGACGGCCUCCCGUACACGCUGUUCGUGUUUGACGCCGUGGAGCUGGAGCUGUCCCUGAAUCUGCCUUCGAGCAGCGAGUUGGAGGAGCAGACGUUGGCAGACUUCACGUGCCCCAUCAGGCUUAGUCGAGACCCGCUGUGUGACAUGCGGUACCACUGCACGCAUGAAGCCGGUGUGCACAGCAUAGCGAUCACAUGGCUGCCUUCCAUCCAGACGUUCGUCGGCAGUCCGGGCGAGGAGAAAUCCGAGGAUGAGCUCACGACGCUGGCGGACGAUCACCCCUCUGUAGUUGAGCAUGUGCUGUGCACCCGGCCAUCGGCAAACAUGCAUGGCCCUGCAGUUCAAGGAGUGUGCAUUGUACGUGACUUAUCUAUGGGAGCAGUCAUCCUUUGCCUUACUUCCAAUUACGAAGUCGUCACAAGACCGCUGCUUAUGUUCACCUGGCAGCCCUCUGCACUGCUCAUUGAUCAAGCGUCCAUGAGUCAGAAUGGUGACGAGGCAGGGGGCUCGAGCAUGAGGGUGGCGUCGCAUUCGUUUCGGGAGGAAUCGCUGGAGCACCGCAUCCAUAGCAUUCUACAGCGAGACACGAGAAAUCCCAUACUGAGGUGUGGCUCCCAGGCACAGCUGUCGCAGUGCGAGUGUCUACAGCUCGUCACGCGUGCAGUGCAGGUGUUUCGGGAAGAGAACAUUCUGAAACUGGACUUGGCGCGGGAUGCAAUCUUACGCAGAGUACGGGGAAUGAGGCAGCAGAAAGAAAAACAGAUGGAAGAUCUGAAACAGAUUUCUCACCAAGCGCAAGAGCUACGGAAAUCGGCUGAAUGUCUCGUGGAAAAGUCUGAGGAUGCACGAGAGAGACAAGAGGCUCUGGUGGAGAGAGUGCAUCGCGUCCUGCGGGGAGCGCACGCGUGUCUGCCCGUCCUCUCGGACAGAGAGCGACACGCUCGCAGCGAGAUCCAAACAAUCACCGAUCAGGUGGAGGAGCUCCAGCGAUCUAUCGAACAGAUGCUGAAUAAGCGCAACUAUCAGCAGAAGAAGGUCAUCGUCCGUCCGAAUCUGGAGGUGCAGGCGCAAAACGUGAUGACUCCCAAGCAGAUCAGCUGUGUGCAGCGCCUCCUUGAAAAAGAGAACAGGUUAAUCGUAGAUCUUGUGAAGAAAAUCAACCAAAUAAAAGUGCAGAUAAACGUGUGAAUGGAUCUAAAAAAGAAAGAUGCAAAAACACAAGCCACAACAUCACAUCUUACAGACUUAUUGAAACAGCCUGUCAAUAAACAAGUAACCGUUUUCACAUUCAGGUUGGCAUCUACAUUUUAAUCGUGUGCUAACACAAUAAAACCAAAUGAACCAAAAUGCCACUUCACUUGCAUGUCCAAAGGCACAAUACUUAUUGAUAACCUUAACGUAUGUUUCACUUUUCUUAUUGCCUGUUAACACCUUUCAUACGUACACAGAAGCAAUAACUAAACUGUUAUGCUUUGUGGUUUAAUUUAUUUUAAUGGAAUAUAUUAAGUUGGUGACGUGCUUUUGCAGGCUUUAUUUGAAUUGUCAUCGAGUGGAAUAUUUCAGAAACGAGAUGUCAUCGGUUUGGCAUGUCAGAGCCCUAUGUUACCGCAGCUACAGCCAUGGCCAUCCAUAAUGGGGGUGCGGUGCCUGGGGAAAAUCACACCGUGCGGGCCCCCCCAAAGACCGUAAUUAUUACAUCUGAUACCGUGACGUUCAAGCGUGGGGCCCUCCCGAAGCGCGGAGCUCGGGGCAGUCACCCCGAUUCGCCCUACCCGAGGGGACGGUUAUGGGUACAGCCAACAUUUUACUCAGAAAUGUAAAUGUUACAACCGGGCAUGCACAUGUGUUACUUGGUUCUGUCAUACAACUGAAAAUGUCACGCGCAUAUUGGAUAUGUUGCUUGUGUUCAUUUGUGUCUUAAGUUCAUUCCAGGCUUAUUCUUUGCAAUAUCUUAUUUUUGUAUCGUUAGACCACUGCACAAAGUUCGGUCCAAACGAAGCUUCUUUGAUUAUCAAUGCAUCCUCUGUUUCAUUGCUGGAACAGUAGAAGUUGUACAAUUACUGAUAAAGGAAGCACGUUCUGGGAAAACAUAUACAGUACCUUCACAUGGAGGAAAAAGUUAAGAUUUUAAUUAAUAUUGACUAUUAAUUAUACAAAAUUAAGUUUAAAGCACCGGUCAAUUGGCUGAAUGUACGUUAUCCUUAUUCGCGGUUUCGCAGGUAAAUGUGUAAAAAAUGUAUAUCUUGGACAACCCAAACAUGAGUUUUGCUCAAGUUUAAAUUUUUCUAUACUUGGAAGUGUUAUUAUGCCAUUUCAUAUUUCUCUUACUCCACCCUGGCCCAGCAUAACCGUUCUCGUCCGCAAUGUACGCAAUGUGUUUAGUUUGUUGUCCUUUGCCCGUACCUCUGAUUAGUAAGGUCGGCUACGUUAAGGUACAAAGGACGUUCAACGUACAAGUUCCACAUCCCAUCAGCUCUUGCAUUCAAACCACUUGCACAUCUCAUGCAUUGCAGUGACCUUAAUACAUCGAGAAUCUUAACUUUCUAAAUAUUGUUUUACAUGCAUUUGCAUAUUCUCUGUACACAAUGCCGUUUCGAAGUAAUUGUCCUUUGAUAUCAUUCUCAAAGUGUGCUUCAAGUGUAUGCAGCCUUGGAAUAUUUGCAAUAUUUAAAUGUUUUGAGAGUUAAUUGACUGAAUAUUUCAUUAAACCCUUAUUAUAAUAUA